GGCAGAAGGUUUCCUGAUUGAGGACUUGCAACCACACCUCAGCUGGUGAUUUCGCAUGCAAUCUCAGGGGCAAGGCGGAGGGUAGAAAUGCAGUUUUCUUCGAGGACGUCCCUGCUCUUUCAAAGCUCCUGACCAGUCUGUAACUUCAGCAGCACAGGUCCCUCCCAGGGCUGGGGAAGUUCUGAAGAAACAGAAAAGCGAGCAGCAGCAGCGGGGAGGACAUCGAGCAGAACCUUUGGAGGUUUGGGAAGACGGCCACGCUGACUGCUUUUGAGACUGCCCUAGGUGUUGGACUGAUUCUGGAUGGCUCUUGAUUUAAUAGGACUUCAUCGAUUCGAAGACUAGCCCUCAUUUUCAGUUGCGUCAUCAACUGCCAAUAAGGCGGCAGGACGGGCAAGGAAUUAAAUUGGCAGAUGCCAGGGAUGAGUGAAUUCUGGCACAAGAUGAGUUGCUGUGUGGUGACCAAACCCCCCCCGAAGAAGAAGAGGAGAAAGAUUGAUCGCAGCAUGAUUGGGGAGCCCAUGAACUUCGUCCACCUGACACACAUCGGCUCUGGAGAAAUGGCUGAAGGAAUGCCUCCGUUGGGGUCCAUGCAGAAGAUGAGGUCGAAAGUGCACAGCACCAAUGGUCACAGUGGCGUGUGAUAACUGCCCAGCGGGAAAUGGCGCAUAUCAGGACCUCCCAUUUUUAUCCUUCUAAAAUGCCCUAGCAGUUACUUCAGUCCCAGAACAGCACUUAACUAUGUCCCCGAGCAGUGUCCAUCCUACGUCUUCACGCAACUGGGAACCACCGAGGUGUGUGUGCUGGGAGACACUAACGGCUGUGGACAGCCUUGAAUGGUCUGAACUUUAUAUACUUGUUAUGCAAAGUGUUUUCUGACUAUACCAAGCCUUCCUGCUGCCAGUCAGCACGGAUGUUAUUAAUGCUGGGAAAUCAGCCAGACAAUGGUGCUGGCUUCCUUUUAAGCGUCUUGUAUGUGUAUAUAUGGCAGUGCAGUACUUGAGGUUUUAAUUUGGUUUUAGUUCGUGUUAUCAGUGCGUAAUCGGCAUGUCUUGUUAACCUGUUAGAGUAUUAUUGCAGCUUUGGUGCAGGUUCCACUGCCAGUUCCCCUUGAGCGAAUAUCCAGGCCAGGCUCGUUUCCAAAUUGUAUGCGCACACACACAUGCCUGUGUACAUUAGUUUUAUAACCGUUUCGUGGAGAGUCAUUAGCUAUUGUAGCAAUUUUGACCCUAAAAGUAUCUGUACAGUAAAUUAUAGGUCUUGAUGUACAAUUAUGUCAUAAAUGGCCCAAACAGGAUUGCAUGUUCCUUCCCAGUUCGUUUAACACACUGAUUUAAUUAAAACACUAGAAAGGGUUUUCUACUUGCCCAGCAGCUUCCUGGUAUUUAAUCGCACCCGGGGGGGAGGUGGGAUUUUUUAGGGUCCAUAAAUCCUGUUACCUCAGUGCUGCUGGAGAGACUCUGCUUUCCUGAUUUGUCCGUGUCUAACCGUGAAUCGCCCAUUCAUGGGUGUCUCUGACGGGCACCUCCCUUUUCCCCAAGUGCUUUUGGGGGCAGAGCUGUCUGCUUCCUCCUCUGCUGCCAGGCUGUGAUUAGAACCAAAUUUCCUGUCAAGAACAGAUGUGACCUGCUGUUUUAAAUGGGGGGGGGGGUUGUCUUGCAAAAUCAAAACGGCCGUAGGUGCAGCCGGAUGCAUAAUCUGUGGUUCGAAGCAAGGACGGAUAUUUUCAGGGUCAUAUUUCUACUUCCUCUUAAUUUAGUCUUGGAGGUAAAGUCGGAGUCCCUGUGGCAGUCAGUGCUGGUGGCCCUGGACUCCUGAUCCUGUCCUACUGUCAUUUUGUUCUGUGAAUUGCAUUGCUGAUGGAUAUGGAACGAGUGUAAUAUUUAAGUGUAAAUCAUCGUUUGGUGGAUAAUCCUGUUUUAGUUCCAAAUGAAUAUGCAAACUUGAACCUGUUUUUUUUUUUUUUUUUUAUUGGAUGGACUAAUUACAGUGGUAUGGGUUGCUAGCUUAAAGCUAAUUUGGAUGGUGCACUACAAGCUGCUUAAGGAGCUGAAGCUCUUCCCACGACUUUGGGAGUUCAUUCAUUGUCGAAGCUCUGUGACCUUUUCAUGCAACAGUGCUGUAGAUAUUUAUAUUUUCUUGUGCGUGAUUUAUGAUUGAGAACUAUCAUCAUUUCAGCCAGUCACUGGACUUUUGUGUUUUUUUCCCCCUCUCCUAUUCCCCCUUUGAGUGUGUGUGGACCAUGGUGCCAAAUUUGUUGUUCCAUUUCAUUGGUAUAGGUAUGUAUGUUAUUUGAUGUGAUAUGAUUUAGUGAUUUUAAACAAUGUUAACUAAAUACUGUCCUUUUUUUUCUUUCCAGUUAACCUCAUGUAAACUUGCAGUAAUAUUUCUCACAUGCUCAUUGUCCUCCAUACUCAGUUGUGUUAAGAUUGCAUACUAAGUCACCAAACUAAAAAGUGUAUGUGUGUGGGGGGGGAAUGCAGUGUGAUUUGUUAAAAUGAAAAAUAGUUUUAAGUAA